UAGCGGAAAACACAUCAAACUAUUUUGACAUACAAUAACAAACGCUUUGUUUUUAUAAUACCUAUUCGGAAAUUGAAUACUAUAUUAUCUGCAUAAAUUGCCUCAUAAAACACUUUUUCAUCCGACAACCGAAAUAGCUUCAGGCAUUUUGAAGAAAGAUACCAAAAGCGUCCAAUCGCAAAUUGAUAAAUUUAUUGAUUUUUAAGCAUAACAAAAUGGAGACAGGCCAGAACAAAGCCGGUAGUGGAUGGCCGCGUGGUGCAACUAAUAAUGCUAUCAACAAUAAUGUUAGCACAGCGCAAAAACCAAUCAACACGAACUCAUCAAUUACAAUAAAUCGAACCAUAAAUUUGUAUCCGCUGACCAAUUAUACAUUCGGUACGAAGGAACCGCUGUUCGAGAAGGACCCCAGCGUACCAGCACGUUUCCAGCGGAUGCGUGAUGAAUUCGAUAAAAUAGGUAUGCGUCGUUCAGUGGAAGGAGUCCUACUGGUACAUGAGCACGGUUUGCCCCACGUACUCUUGUUGCAAUUGGGAACAACAUUUUUCAAACUACCGGGUGGUGAGCUGAAUCCGGGUGAGGAUGAAGUGGAAGGCUUGAAGCGUUUGCUAUCUGAAACGUUUGGACGAAAAGAUGGUAUCAAGCAAGAAUGGAUUGUUGAAGAUAUUAUCGGUAACUGGUGGCGACCGAAUUUCGAACCCUCACAAUAUCCCUACAUGUUGCCACACAUUACCAAUCCAAAAGAGCAUAAACAAAUGUUUUUGGUACAAUUGCAUGAGAAAGCACCAUUCGCUGUGCCCAAAAACUACAAGUUGGUAGCGGCACCCUUAUUCGAGCUGUACGACAAUUCCUUGGGAUACGGGCCAAUUAUCGCAUCCUUACCUCAAGCACUAUGUCGCUUCAACUUUAUUUAUCAUAAUUAAUCCUGAAUAAUAUUCAUAAUAUUUCGAAUAAAAUGUGUGUUCUACCAAACGUCAA